AUGGAGCUUAGGAGGGAGGGCAUUUACCAGCCUCCUCUUGGGCGUAGGCCCACUCCUGCCACUCAGCCAGCACCUGCUCCGCCUGCACCUCCACCCGAGGCCACACCCUUUGGGUCUCUCUCGGUGCCUCUUCCUGAGUUUAACCAUCGCAAGACGGAGGUGGAGCCUUGGCUUGACCUGGUGGAUACCCCCAUGACCCUUGCGAAUGUGUGUCCUGAGGCUCGUGUCACCGCAGCUACUCAUGCAUUGGACGAGGUGGCCCGCAGGGCAGUGUAUGGUGCUAAGAAGCAGGCGCAGGGACCGUUUGGAUGGCCAGAAUUCUGCACCGCACUGAAAGAUGCAUUCAUGGUCAAGAAGUCCGACCUGGAUUUGCGCGGACGCCUUGAGAGCCUUCCUGUCAAGCUGCAGCAGGCAGACGUGACCGGUGGCAUGACCAAUUGGACAACUUACAAGGAGAUGAAGGAGCAGGUGAUCAAAACUGACAACAUCAUUCGCACGUACGUGUAUGGUCCCGACAAGCCAGGCCAGCAGCCCCGUGCAGAAGGCUCUGGUGGUCAUGGGAACCGGCCCCAGAAUGCGAAGGGUGGAAGCGGUUGGAACAAAAGACCUUUCCACCAGCGUGGGCACCAGACGGAGCCGCAAGCCAAGAGGGCUGGCGGAGGGGGAGGGCGUUGCCCUAACAACCCGGAUUUCUCCGACAAGCAGAGCAACGGAUGUGGAAGGAUGGGGCACAUCGAAAGGCAGUGCCGUGGCAAGAACCCAAUCAAGUAUUCUGGGAAGCCUAAGCCAGGCGGCGCUGGACCUUCUGGAAAGAAGGAAUUUCAGAAGCCCAACUAG